GGACCACACCAAAUUUUAACCACGUGAGAGUCGGUAUUAAGUCCUCGUCUAAUACAACUGUCAUAUAUAUCCAUAUAUAUAUACAAAGUUUAUUUAUUAAUAUAAAGUUUUUAAACAAAUUAAAAAAAAAAACGUGACAAUGAAUACGUAUUUAAAAAUCGUGUGCUUCUCGAUGGCUGUUGUGUUAAUAAGCGGUCAGGAUAUUAACAAGUGUUUUGAACAAGACAGCAUAUCCUGCGUGCAAAAGAGCCUCUACAGAAAGGCCAAAGAGUUCUUCACGAAAGACAGCAUUGAAUUAUUCAGUGGUGUUAGUCUGGUUAAAAGCGCCGCUCGGAAUUCGCGGGGUUCAAAGGACGUUAUUUAUGAUCAGGAAAUUGACGCCGCUAAUGACGUCGCCGGGCGUCAAAGUGCCUUAGAAAAUUUCGUCAGUGACGAGGCGAGCGAUUUUAUGACCGGACGCAGCCUUAGGAUCAAUUUCGCUCCAGUUGUUGAAAAAAUCGGACAGACUGCCCGUGCUAUGGUUGACUCUGUUCCCCAAGAAGUUAGACAAGCCGUUGAUGAAGUUGUUGAAGGCCGUGGAAAGAAAAAACUCCUCAAGUCAAUCCUCCCACUUUUGAUCGCCGCGAAAGUCAAAAUUGGCGCCCUCGCAGUGUUGGCGUACUUCGGAGUCGCAUUAUUAGCCAAGAAGGCGAUCUUUGCAUCUUUGAUCUCCCUCGCAAUCUCGGCGUUCAUUGGUCUGAAGUCACUCUGGUCAAAGGGCGCUGAUACGACGGCUUACAAUGCCGGCUGGAACUCAGGAAGUGUCGGCGGAUGGUCACCACCCGUUGCAACUGGAGGAUGGUCAUCUGGUGGAUGGGAUGAUGGACAUGGAUCUUACGCUGGACAAAACCAACCCUUCUCUGGCUACCAUUGAUUAUUUUUUUAAAAUUUAAUGACCUAACUGCCAAAUAACGUUCACUAUCUUUAUUUAAAAGAGACGACAAUUAAAUUAAUUCAUCAUUAUAUUCUACUGUCACCGUCACUGUCACUGUCACUGUCACUGUUACUGUCACUGCCACUGUCAUUGCCAUCACGGAUCCUCAAGGUCAUUUAAUUAGCGGUUUAUUUUUAAUUGCCACUUAAUUAAAUAACCAAAAUGGA